UAUUGUGCGAAGAUGCCCGUAAUGGAUGGGAUGUUGUACAAAUGGACCAAUUAUAUCAGCGGUUGGCAGCCACGGUGGUUUGUAUUAGAUAAAGGAAUUCUUGCAUACUAUAAAUCUCAAGAUGAGAUGCAUUUGGGUUCCAAAGGAUCUCUUAAAAUGGCUUGUUGUGAAAUAACUUUUCAUCCGUCUGAUCAAUGCCGUCUAGAUUUAAUCAUUCCCGGGGAGCAGCAUUUCUACAUUAGAGGUGCAACACCAGCUGAAAGACAACAGUGGCUUGUAGCUCUCGGAAGUGCCAAAGCUUGUUUAACAAAUUCAAAAGCCCUUGCAAAAGAAGAAUCACGAGGUACAUUGAAAACCAAGAUGUCUGAAGUACGUUUAUAUUGUGAUUUACUAAUGCAGCAAGUUCAUAGUGUUAAAUCGUCAACAAGUCAACAUGGCGAACCUGAUUUAGAGAAAAUUAACGAAGCUACGUCGUUACUAUCGGCAACGUGUGAUACAUUUCUACGAACUUUACAAGAUUGUAUGAAGAUAGCAGAUGAUACAUUUAUGCAACAGAUGAACCACAGUACUACAUCUGAUAGUGUCUUACCACCUUCUUUAGCAUCACCAACUGAGAACAAAAGAAAUGCCUUCAUGCACAGAACUAUGUCAGUUGAUAGGUACCAACCCCCUCUACCUAAUAAAAGUGGUGUCAAAACAACUUUCAGAAAUCUUGAAGAUAUGGCGUCCAAACCGAGAUACGCGAGAUCAAGAUCACAUUCAGGUUCUUCCUCAUCACCGCAGUCAUUAUCGGCGCCUGCAACUCCGACAUCAUCAUUCAGUGCUGAGGGAAACUGUAAUAGUCAUUCAUCACAAAAACCUCCUUUUCCUGAUCUGGUUAAGGGGUACUCCUCUUCAGAAGAAGAUAGACCAGGAACGAUUUUUUCAAAUAUGAAAUACAGUUUUACAGAAAUGGAUUUGUCGGAAAAUAGUUCAAUACCCACUGCUCAAUUCUUAGAGGCAUUCAGAAAUAUUUUGCCAAUAUUUGAUGCACUUGGAUCAACAACAUUUGCUCCUGUUAAAAUGGAUAUUCUAGGAAAUAUUCGGAAACUUAAUCAGAAAUACAUGACAGAUACGGAAGGAUAUGCAUCACUACAACUGAUUGUAGGGGAAGAAAUACAGAAGAACAGAACUAAAGUUAAAAAUUCAGCAACAGAUGCAUUACUCUGGUUAAAAAGGGCUCUUGAAUAUGUAUACGAGUUUCUCCAUGAAAUAGCUGAAGGUGAAAAAGAUCUCAGUGCAGUUGCAUCGCAUGCAUAUAGCAAAUCACUGAAGACAUUCCAUGGCUGGGUAGCAAGAGGUGUCUUCGCUCUUGUUGCAAAGACAGUGCCUUAUUAUGAAGACUUCAUAUCGCUACUAGCUCAGAGUAGAGCAGAUUAUGAUCAUCCUAAUUUUGAGAAGUACAUCAUGAAGGACAUGAGGACUUACUUAAAAUCUGUGAAUACAAUUAUCACCAUAUUAAACGAUUUCUACACUGAAAACGAUUUGGAUUUCCCAGAACAAAUAUAAUACUAAACCGCCAUAAUAUGAUUAGUGUUUCACAUGAUUCUCACAUAAGCCACUGAAACACUAUAGAGAUGUAUAUAAUUAGGAGAUAUUACUCCAUAAUGUAUAUUAAG